AUGCCAUCUCCAUUGUCGACCAAGAGCGAGAAAACCCAAGAGCGGAGAGUUUCUGAAUCACCGAUAGUUCACAAGGAAGUUGAGGCAACGAACAUGGUACCUCUAAGGAGAUCUACCCGUCAGCGCCGACCACCUGAUCGUUACCAGGACUUUAAUUUAGAUGAGCUUGAGAUCGAGGACGCUCUCACUUAA